AUGAGCUUGGCAAGAGUGACGCGCAGAGGUCGCAUCGUACUUGCGCUGCUUCUUUCUGCGGUCUCUAUCUGGUAUUUGGCAACCCGGAGUGACUUCAAGCAGAACUACCCGAUUGAAGAUGCGCAACGGUCGUAUACUUGCCAAACGAGCGAGCAUAUCGACUUUUGGCGCGAGUUUCAACCGCUCUUACUAGCAUUUGAGCCACAAUGCAAGCCUCCACGACGCCUCGGAAAUGCGCCAGCAAGUGGCUUCAAACCCUCGGACCCAAUCACCCGACCAGAGCUGUUGAAAAUGCCUUCCAAGGACGUGUUGAUAAUGAAAAAUGCACACAGCGACUUUCUCAAAGCCAUCGACACGGAUACUCCCCAGCUAUCUUAUAUUCCAGAUACCAAGGGCUUGGUGACCACCGCAGGAGGUUCAUAUCUGCCAGUCUUGGUGGUUUCGCUUCGGAUGUUACGUCGCACGGGCUCCAGGCUGCCCGUGGAGGUUUUUUUGGCCACACAUGACGAAUAUGAAGACAACAUCUGCGAUAACGUCCUGCCUUCGCUGAAUGCAAAAUGCAUUGUCAUGUCAGACAUUAUCAACGCAGCGCCAGGCGCGGUAAAGAUUGAGAAGUAUCAGUUGAAGCCGUUCGCCAUGCUCUUCUCCUCAUUCGAGGAGAUAUUGUUUCUUGAUGCCGACGCCUUCCCAAUCUCCAAGCCUGAGACUCUAUUCCAAAAGGAACCCUUCAAAAGUACGAAAAUGGUUACUUGGCCGGACUUCUGGGCUUCAUCCGCGUCUCCCUUUUAUUACGAGAUCUCCUCACAGCAGGUUGUCCCGAUGAAUUCACGACAAUCAACAGAGUCGGGCGAAGUGCUUAUCUCGAGGAAGACCCACCUCAAGACCCUUCUUCUUUGCACCUACUAUAAUUUUUGGGGACCUACACACUACUAUCGUCUCCUCUCCCAAGGCGCAGCGGGAGAAGGGGAUAAGGAAACCUUCAUCACGGCAGCAACAGCCCUGGGUGAACCUUUCUACCAGGUCCGCGAGUCCAUUUGUGCCAUAGGACACCAAACCGCAGGCGGUAUUGCGGGGUCAGCAAUGGUGCAGUUCAAUCCCAUCGAGGACUAUAAGCUCAUCCAAAAGGGGGAAUGGCGUGUAAAUGGGUCAAAGGCCCCAGCUCCGCAUCCUUUCUUCAUCCACGCCAAUUUUCCGAAAUUCAACCCGGCGACUGUCUUCUCGAAGAAACACGAAGUCAAACCCGCCUUCAAUGAUGACGGGUCCUACACACGGGCCUGGACGAUACCGGAAGAGACCAUCCAUGCAUUCGGUCGCGACGUUGAGAAGCAAUUCUGGGCAGACAUCCUUUGGACAGGUUGUGAGCUGGAAACCCAAUUCGAAAGCUGGAGGAACAGCACUGGUGUUUGCAGUGGUGUGAAGAAGUAUUGGCAAGCUCAGUUUGGAUCGGAGGAUCCGAGCAGCGUAUAA